UGGAUUAUAUUAUUCGGUGAUUUAGGAAAAUUGAGAGGAGAAUUUUUAUACAUAUACCAUAUAUAUUAUUUUGCAAAAAGUUAUAAUUCAAAUUGCUGGCAUCCUUUGUAACAAAUAGAAUUCUCUUUUUGGUGAAUCGAAUAUGGCAACAGACUCAUGGAAGAAACAUUCUAUGUGAACAAAUGGGUCUCAGGACUAUGGUAUCAGUGACCAUUACCUUUCAAAUGGUGUUCAUGUAUUACGCAGGGAAACAGGUGUCAUUGAAAAACUUUGUCAAAGUCAUGGCUUUAUUGAGUGUGCUGAACAGGAUCUUCGAGUGUUCUUUCAUUACACAGUUAUUUCGCAAUGGCGAGUCCGAAUGUGGUCGCGUUAGUUAUGAAGUGAACGGAAUCGGCGUGAUUCUUUAAGAAGAGCAACGGAAAUUCAUCUCAUCAAGGAAGUGGAAAGCAGCAAUGGAUGCAAUGUCAGAGAAAGAGGAUUUGUUUCGGCUUUGAAAGACGGCUAUAGCUUUAUUCAAUGUUGCGAUAGGGAUACAAGAUUAUUCUUUCAUUUCAGCGAGUUGAUUGAUGCGCAACAAGAAAUCAACUUUUCCGGUGAAGUGGAGUUCAGUGUAGUCGAGGAUCACGUGUCCGGAAGGCUGAAUGCGAUUCGUGUGAGAAUCUUACCACGGGGAAACAUAACUCUCAGGAAAAAAUCUCAAACCUCAGAGAUUGGAUGUUGUGUAUUCAUUAAAGUGUUAUAGCUGUACGUAUUGUAUGUGGGUCAAAUCACACGUCAUUUAAACAUCGGAUUUUCGUAGCAUAUGAGAAUAUAUCCAUUUGAAGCAGCAAGUUUCUCAGCAAAGUGGACCUUUGGUAUGUUUCCUUUACUAUGACUUAACACCUGUCCAAGGCAGUUCUAUUCAACUCUUUUAAUUUCACUAUAUUUUGCUUCCUAACUUCGUAAUUUAUAUAAUCUAUUUGACACCGUCUCAUUUUGUAUUCUAACACCUUAUGUAAAUAUGAUUAUUUCUCAUAACAUCCUAUUAAGCAUGCAAUGCUACCCAACCUUCCGAUUUGUUAAAUACGGCCCUAUAAUGCAGCGGAUGUUGAGUUUUAUUUUAUGUUUUUCUACGUGUUUCUGUGCACCUGUUCACUUCAGAAUUGUUUUAUUAUUGAUGAGGAAUAUUUACUCUAAACGUCCCUAAUGAAUAUUUUGAUGAGAAAAUACGUCAGUAAACGUCCCUGUGAUAACAAGAGGCCACCAUGUUAUUACAUAGUUAAAUGCUGUUAAUGACUUAAUGUUGACAAUGACCAUAUACAGUCUCUCAGAUCUAUAACAAUUCAAACCAGCGGUUCAUAACAGCACUUGAAGUCAUUAACCUGUUUUGCCGUGUUUGCCCACAUUAGAUGCAUUAUUUGUGCUUCGUUGCUUCGUAGCUAUAAACAGAGGUAAUUCUCUAAAAUGUCGAAAACUCAAUGUUCUAUAACAUUGCUUUGUCAACCAACAACAACAUCCAAAUUUCCAAACAUUUAUAGUAUUAUUGUUGAUUUGUCAAGGAUAGGAUUUGACCCAAAACAAAUUCAAUAAAAUGUUGAAUAACUGGGGCAGAUGGCAUGAGUGUUUGUAUAUACUCAAUAUAGCACUGUACAUUUGAGGAAGCCGACAGCCUUGGCCAGCAGUUGCAAGUGUAUAUCUGCAGUCGCCUUAUUGUGUCCGUUUUUCAAUUAAUAAAAAAGAAAGAGCUUUACUAUAUAUCGUUGGAUCUAUGCAAUGAUGAGUUUAAUGAUGUGGUGGUUAUUGUGGCUGUUAUUUGGUCAAGGAUUCACAAUGAAAAUGGGUUGGAAUGAAGAACUUGAGUUUUGUGAGGAAGAAUGGAAGAAAUUUGUGGCGGACAAAAUUGAUAUUGAUUCGAAAUGCAACAAUACUCGUACACGUUGUUGUGUUGAGGAGAAGAAAUAUCUUUUGGAGCGAUUUAAAAUGUUUAGUGAAAUAUGUCCACUUGAAGGGACAUGUGGAUGCAGCCCGAUUAUUUUAAACUAUACUGUUUUGCCACCUAUCUAUUAUGGUCAUUAUCCUCUUUUACUAAAAGGAUUAUCCGGAAAAUUGAAAGAACCAAAAAACUUCACGUGUUCACAUAAGUACAUAAAUGAAAGAGUAGAACGGUAUAAUAAAUAUUAUUAUACAAGUUAUACUAGCUUUGGAAUCCGACUAUACGAAUUCCCUUUCGAGUAUGUUUUAUACGGUGGAAAAAUUCACACCUGUUAUGUUGUCAUCAACGUGAACCUAAAACGACAAGAUAUGAAUGGAUUUUUCAUCAAACAUGUUCAGUCAGGAAAAUGUGUUCGGGAUGAAAUACUCUUUCCCUUCCCGUAUACAUGGAAAUGUUUUGAGGAGUCAAUUUAUUUUAAAUUUUUACAAUCUGGCUCCAUCAAUAUAUCGAAUACAACAAGGUGUCUUGUGAGAUACGGAAUUUAUGUGUACUUAUCUGAUGGAAAUUUUAAUGGAGAAUGCGGAGCCAUCAAUGCCAUAACCCAGACAUUUUGGGGUGGUCUAUUCUUUUCACGCUAUAAUAAAUGUAUAGUACCUACAGGAAAUUAUACGAACUUGGAACUGGCUAAUUGUAAAAAUGAAGAAAAUCAGCGAUUCAAUUUUGGCUCAGUAACAUGUGAUGGAAAAAAUAUAUCGGACGUUAGUUGUUCUAAUAAUCAAUAUAUGGUGAUAAAAGUUGCAGAAUAUCGUGGAUUGAGAAAAGGAAGCAUUUGUGGCUCCAGUUUUGAUCACAGUUGUAGUGUCGAUGUAACAUGUGACCUUAAAAAUUACUGUGAUGGUGAAAGAAAAUGUAAUAUAACGGUUGAUGAUAAUCAUUUCCCUUCAAAUAUUUGUCCUGGUUUGGAGAAAUAUCUUUACUUUGAAUAUCAAUGUAACUACACAAGUAUGCCAUACAGAAAAAUUUGCAAUCUUAUGGAUGUACGCCUGUCUAAGUCAAAUCUUCCGAACGAAGGUGUCGUGAAUGUUAUUACCAAGCUUAGAAACUUCACCAUUUGCAACAACAGUCUUUUGCAUAAAAUGAAGACGAUUAUCUGUAAACAACUUGGUUAUCCUACCGCAGCAUCUGGGGGAGGCUCAAUGUCACUAUCAUCUUUGAUGCAUCAAUCGUUUAUAUCUGGAAUUGUCAAAUGUGAUGCUCGAGUGAACGAUUUAUCUCAAUGUGCUAUCACUCAAAAUAAUGAUUGCUCUCAAUACUCGUACGUUACAUGUCAUGUUUGUGAUAAUCCUCUAUUAAAAAACGCAGAAAAAUUCCCAGAUUCUUGGUUUACUGCCUUCCCAAAGAGUCGUAGUGCUGCUAAAGCAAGAAUAUCCAGUGGUAGUUCAUGGUGUGCUCCUGCUGCUAAUGGCAGUCAUUACCUUCAACUGAAUUUUCCGAGUCUUUAUACAGUUAACGUUAUCACUAUCUUUGGAGACAGUUCAAGUUCAAGCUUUGUAACUAAAUAUCACUUGCAGACAAACAUUGAUGGUGUGAACUGGAAAUCUGAAAAAUCCCAGAAGAUUUAUCUAGGAAACAAAAAUGGUUACAAUGAUGCGGCUAUAGAAAAGUUUUCUGGUGGCCUUAAAUCCAAAGCUUUGCGAAUCUUUCCAUUGAAAUUUGUUGGUGCACCGUGUUUACGAAUUGAAAUUUGUGGUGGAGACUUACUCCCAGACAAACCAACAGAUCUCAUUGCAACCAAAUCUGCAUCGACGUACCUCGAGAUAUCAUGGAAACAUCCCAAAAACUGGUGUAAAACUUGGUACAAAUAUCUCGAAUCCUCUUACAAGAUAUCUAUUGAUUUUGCUGAAGGAUACUAUGAUUGUUUUGAUAAAACUCUGGAGGUAACUGACAAAAACCGUACAACAUUACGAAUCUUGUUCCUUACGCAACGUAUAAAGUUAAUGUAA